CCGGGCCGGCGAUGGCGGGGGCCGGCCGGGGCCUGGCGGGGCUGGUUUCCGUGCUGCUCGUGCUGAGCGGGGCUCGAGCGGAAACCUGUACAGAACCAACCAUCUCUCCAUCCUACUACACUACCUCAGAUGCUGUUAUCUCUUCUGAGACUGUCUUUGUCGUUGAGAUUUCCCUCACCUGUAAAAAUAGAGCUCAGAACGUUGCCCUCUACGCAGAUGUUAAUGGCAAGCAGUUUCCUGUCACUCGGGGUCAAGAUGUUGGCCGCUAUCAGGUCUCCUGGAGCAUGGAGCACAAGCUGGCCCGCUCCGGCACCUACGAGGUGAAAUUCUUCGACGAGGAGUCUUACAGCAUCUUGCGCAAGGCUCAGCGCAACAAUGAGGACGUCUCUGAGAUCAAGCCCCUGUUCACUGUCAAUGUUGACCAUCGAGGUGCCUGGAGUGGACCGUGGGUCUCCACCGAGGUGCUGGCGGCCUGCAUCGGCCUCCUGGUUUAUUACCUGGCCUUUAGCGCCAAGAGCCACAUCCAAGCCUGA